AAAGGAAACCGCAUGUAUUGUUGACUUUUCAGCACAAAGAAAUAUUUAGUUUUAGUUGAAAGCAAGAAGAAGGUAUCAAUUAGCGGUUGUGUUUAUUUACUUUAGGAUGUGAAGUAAAUGCAACGUAUUGUUGACAUACAUUAAAUGGAAUAACGACCACAUCUGCUUAAGUGCACAUACCACCUGUCGGUUGUAAACUUGUCGGCCGGUUCUUGUUUUCUUCAAGACAGUUUCAAGCAUGGCUGAGGCGAGUCAGUCAGAUGAUGACUUGAGCAUUCCGAGAGCCGCUCUAAACAAAAUGAUCAAGGAACUUGUGCCGAAUGUACGUGUCGCCAAUGAGGCAAGAGAACUGAUUCUCAGUUGUUGCACGGAGUUCAUACAUCUCGUGUCGUCGGAAGCCAACGAAGUCUGCACCAAACAACAGAAGAAAACAAUUUCACCUGAACACGUCUUGAAUGCUCUGGACAGUCUUGGGUUCGGAGCCUACAAGGAGGAUGCACAGGCUGUGCUGCAGGAGGCCAAGGCUGUGGCUGCCAAGAAGAGAAGAGGCAGCUCCCGCCUCGAGAACCUCGGCAUCCCGGAGGAAGAGUUGCUGCGGCAACAGCAGGAGUUGUUCGCUAAGGCUCGACAGGAGCAGGCCCAGCGAGACCAACAGCAGUGGUUUCAGAUGCAGCAGGCUCUUCAACAGCAACAGCUUCUACAGCUGCAGCAGCAACAGCAGCAACCUAUAGACAGUCAAGAGGACUAUUCCUAGGAUAGUGUAGUUGUCUCCCCUGAGUGAAGGUAGCAGAGACUGUCAAGGGGAUAUGACGGACAUGUGAUAAUUCAAAAUUUCAAUGUUUAUCUUGAAAACUGCAUGGAUACAGGGUUUCAGAUGUGUGUUACCAUGGAUACAGGCUUUCUGCUCUAUAUUACCAUGGUUAGGGUGGAUUGCCAUUCUUGUAGACAGAACUACUGCAUACAACACUAUAGACUGUUGGUACAACGCUACAGCCAAUGAUCCCAACACUCCAAUCAAUUAUAAGAAUCUUUAGUGCUGACUGCUCGCAGAGAGGAAUGGAGUUGGUCUGACCUUUAGUGUAUCUCUUUGAAGACAAGCAACCAUUGUGUGUUACAGUAAUACAUAUUUUUGGUCUGCUUUUCUACAAAAUCCUGAAGACCUAUAAUCUGUGUAGGAACCUCGACCAUGGUGUUCAUGCUAUGUAGUAGCUUCAACUUGGAAUCAGGAAGCAUGACCACUUCUCAACAUCAUCAAGAUGCUCAUUGUGUUAUAAGUACAACCAACGUGGCCAUCACAAGGCUCACUCCACUUUCCUCUAUACAUGGAGAUCGGCUGUUCUUAAUGAAAGAUCUUAAUACAAAUUCUUAGAUCUCUUGCCGUAAUACUAACAUUAAAAAGAAUGGUUGAAUCUGAAACUUGAUCAGUUACCAUGGCAACUACAGAAGCUGAAGUUGAGCCUGAACAUUCCUCAGCUGCUGGCUCCUGAUGUAAGCUGGUGGACCAGCUUCUAACAUUGCAUGUUGGGAAAUAUUGUAUAUAUGUGACCUUGACAUUUCCAUUGUUUGAAGGCUGAUGUGUUGUGGCAGUGUACUUGGGAGUGACUGUGAACAUUGUUAUGUAUAUAUUAUAAUGUCGGGUGGUCAUUCAUUGCUUGUCAAAUAAACUAUUUGUUGAUA